GAAGACGAAGACGAAGAAGCGGAAGAGGAGACGGAGGGAACUUCGCGUGGAUAACGACGUUGCAGCGCGGCGCCGCGUGAAAAGGUAUCCGGGAUCGUAGCGAUGUCCAAGAAGAGCUGCAAGAUGUUGGUCCAUCAGGUGUCAGCCGUACUGCCGGACGACAGACCAAUAACUGCCAUUAGCGUUGUAGAAGACUUAGACAAGUGUCCACCGAACUUUACAGUGGUAUCGAGAACUUACGAUCAGGACACCGACGCCGAUCUGUGGAGGGAGAGCGGACUGUUCAUCAAGAAGAAGGGCAGAUAUAUCUGCUUCUCGAAGACCGAGGGCCAGCCCGACUGCGUAGUCGAGGAUAUCGUAGUGAUUAACGAGCGGGACACUCCGCCGGAAGGAUACAGCAUGAUCUCGUACACCGUGGACUCGAGGCAGAAGGCGUGGCGGAAGAAACAGGUGUGCUACAAAAUUAGGCAUAAGGAUCUGUGCGAGAGAGCGGUCACGGAUAUAAUAAUAUGCAGCAGGAUAAUCCACAAGGACUCGAAACUCGCUCCUAUCGGAUUUUCCGCCGCUGGUAUCAUAAAUGGUGUUCGCGUGUGCUACAAGACGGUAGAUAUCACAAAUGCGAAUUCGGAUUCGCAGCCGUACGUUAAUAUAGACUUGCUGCAGAGCCCUUCCCCGAAUCCGUCGAAUGGAACCUACCACAGGCCAGCCCCGGAGAGGCCCCCGAAACCAAAGUUCUCACCAAAACCACCGGCCAAUGGGAUUUAUCCGCGAAUCGGCGGUGCGGCUAACAAGGACGACGAGCUCGGCGAUCGGGACUACGAGAUCUUGAGUCCUAACGCGAGAAUCAGGCCCACGAGGCCCGCGCCCCAGCCGCCCAUGUCCACGCCAUCGGCCGUCACAUCCACGCCCAUUUACGGUACACUUCCGGGAUCGUCCGAUCUCGACGGGGUUCCGUUCGCGCUUAAUUCCCGUCUUAAAAUUAAUCAUCCCGAUUCUGCCAGUAACAAACUUCCCGUUAUCAGAGUGUGGACACAGAAGGACUUGGAUAGAGAGUUCUUCUAUGAUUUUCGUGCGGAAAGAGAAACUUGAAGAAUGACGACUUGCCAAAACUAAUUCGAGUUCACGAGCGAUCUCUGUCCGCUCGUUACUCGUUCGUAUUCGAUAUAAUACUAGCCAACAAGCGUAAAUGGAGUGCCUGAAUCGAGUGAUUUGUACUAACCCGCGAGAGAAUGAAGCCUGCAUGACGCUUAAAAUGGGGAUUGUGUAAUGUUUAAUAAGAAGGAAUAGGAAGAUAAAAAGAACCUAUUCGAUGUAACGCGCGUUUCUUCUUCCACGCCCCAUAUUUAAAUUUUGAUACUGGUGAUAACGUUGUCAUAUUUUUAUAGACUUGCGUUAUUUUUUGAUAGACAAGUAGAGAUUAUAUAUGUAAAAUAUUAUGUACACAGGAUUGUAUCAUAACGCGAGACCUUCUGCGUGUAUCUUAAUAUCGCAUAUCUACGCUUCUAAACAACGUGAACAAAUUGCAUAAUACUGUUGAGACUAUAGCAUUCUCGCCGCACAUUUAGUGCUUAACGCGGCAAUCCAAAUGCGUGGUGAGAGUGCAACGUACGCCACACAAAAAGCCAUUUGAUUUUAUUGUUCCCUUUGUGCUUUUUUUUAUGCAAUAACCUUUUAUUCUAUGUAGAGACUCGAAUGCGUUUAUUAUGUAAUUUUCCCUUCAAAGUGCUGCUUCUUUCUUUCUUUACCUGCAAUAAAGUAUUAUUAAAAUAUCCUUUUUUGUCUGUAUGUACUCUCGAUUUGUAAUUCUGUGUUUGAAAGUAUAUACAGUUGUGUAGAACAUAUAUAACUGAUUGUGAGAAAAAAAAUCUAAUUUUAGUAUCGACGAAAACAUGACGUUCGGUCUUAACUUUCUGCUCGAGUUCUCUCCGUUCUGUUUGUCGAUGUAGAUUCGUACCUUACGUAAGUUUUCGUUCGACCGCACACGUAUACGUGAAUGUAAUUUAAGAUAGAUACUUGUAUGUUAAACAAUAAUUUAAUAAAAGAUGACGGUUAAGAAACCAC